AUGGCGGCACCUGAAGAUCUGGAAGCAGAGGGUGUAGCGCCAGCACAAGAGCCGAGCUUGGACACGGCAACAACCAACACUACAAGUACUUUGAACGAGAGUGAACAGAAUCUGCCUGUCCAAGGAGAAACGAGAGCAGAAUCCAAAAUUCUCGAGCCCACCACACGGUUUUCAGGUCGACAGAUUUUUUACAUCUUCGGCUUGGAUGGUAUUGGCGCAUUUGCUCUGUCAGGGGGUGUCAAUUUCGCCAUCGCGUACGCCAUGUACACCACACAAAACACAGUCAAGCGGCCUGUCCGCCUGUGGCAGCUCCCCAACACGCUGGCCGGUGAUGCUGCCGUCACGAUAUUCGUGCAGUGCGUCAUUACCUGGUUCGUCGAGCUGAUUCUCCUUCGCUACGAUCUUCGCCAUCGCUCGGUGCAGCCCAUCGGCUUCAUCUCACAGCCGACCAACCGAUGGCUGCGGCUGUUCUUCUUCCUCCCACGCGAUCCAGCUGAGGGAGUUGGAAACCCGCAUCGCAAGUGGACGUUUCUCGAAUUCAUCCAGCAGGCCUUACGGGGCCUCAGCUUUGGAGUCGUGAGCUUCCUGAUACUGUGGCCCAUUUUCAUGGGCGCACUGACAGGAUUCGGGAGAAAGGAGGGCGCCGACUAUGUCUAUCACGAUAAAUGGCUGCCUCAAGUGUUCAAAUUAAUCUUGGGUGGAGUUUUGGGCCUGCUAACGACGCCGCUAAUGGCCAUGUUCUGGUUGAUUAAAGCGGGCUGGGAAUACAAAAAGGAGGAGGAGGCAACUCCAGUGGCGGCAGAAGUAUGA